CUACAUCCGGUUUUCCCAGAUCUGCGCCCAGGUUGUUCGGGCGGCGAUGAAGCCUCAGUACAAAGCGGAGGCAGAGAGGGCGGCAAUGGCCACGGUGAAAACCGUGAAGCCCAAGAAGGAGUAA